UGGAAACGUCACAAGUUGAAGAGGAUAGGUUAAUCUUUUGAGAGGUUAGGAGUUGUAUCUUCGGCGGUUGAACGCAGUUUAAUGCAAGUAUUCUUCUUGAUUUUCGCCGUUUGUUUCAAUAAAUAGCUUGGAAUACGAAAGAGGAUCAAAAUGAUCAUUCCCGUUCGUUGCUUCACUUGCGGGAAAGUGAUCGGAAAUAAAUGGGAAGCUUAUUUGGGCUUAUUACAGGCUGAAUACACGGAAGGUGAUGCUCUUGAUGCUUUGGGAUUGAAGAGAUACUGCUGCCGCAGAAUGCUGCUGGGCCAUGUGGAUUUGAUCGAAAAGCUGCUCAAUUAUGCCCCACUGGAGAAAUAAAAUUAUUUUUAAUUUAUGUCGAAAUAUUCUAUGAUUUUUAUUUCAUGCAUAUGUACAUAUUGACUCAGCUUAUUACAAACAAUCGCUAAGAUAUUAAAUGUUUGGUAUAUCGAGACUUGAUUAAUUUAAAAGAAGUUAUACCUUUAGCUAAUAGCACAAAAUACAGAUUCUAUUUGAAACAAAUUGUACAGACAGAUGCAAUAGGUAUUAUAAACUAGCUUUGAACGUUUCUGAGGUAAUGGUAAAAAUGAAUCAUUCCACAGAAUUUACUAUAUCUUCUUUAUUAUAAACAUUUCAAAAUUGUAGGAAAGUGAAGCUUCAGAUUAAAAAUAAAGAAGUGUAUUAUUUAUAA